UCCUUCCUGCUGCAUCAUCACAGCCGCUAGUAGCUGGAGUCGCCUAGUGUUAUUUUGCAGUGGACCGGGGAGACGGAUAAAUAAUCAUAGCUAAUUGUCAUACAUAAUAACCGUAACAGUCAUACCAACAUCAGCGUAGCCACAGCAGCGACCCAACGGAUAUCGCGUACGAUUUAGAAAUUACACUUGGAAACUGCUGGGGGACAUGGCCAGGCAAGAACAGGUCCUACUGCUAGAGCCACAGCACGAACUGAAAUUCCGAGGUCCGUUCACAGAUGUAGUCACCACCACCCUGAAGCUCGCCAACCCGACAGACCGCAAUGUGUGCUUUAAAGUGAAGACGACCGCCCCCCGCCGGUACUGCGUCCGGCCAAACAGCGGCGUGAUCGACGCGGGGACCUCAAUCAAUGUGUCCGUUAUGCUACAGCCUUUCGACUAUGAUCCCAAUGAGAAGAGCAAACACAAGUUCAUGGUGCAGUCCCUGCUGGCUCCCCCUGAGAUGACUGACAUGGAGGGAGUGUGGAAAGAGGCGAAGCCCGAGGAGCUGAUGGACUCGAAGCUUAGGUGCGUCUUCGAGCUGCCGGCGGAGAAUGAGAAAACGCACGACAUGGACACCAACAAAGUCCUGUCCUCCAGCCUACUAAAGUCCGAGUCCUCGACGCUGUCCAUGAAGUCCAUGGGCUCCCCUCUGGACGACGGGGAGGUGAAGAAGAUUAUGGAGGAGUGUAAAAGGUUGCAGAUGGAGGUUCAGCGACUACGAGAAGAAAACAGACAGAUCAGGGAAGAAGAUGGCCUCCGGAUGAGGAAGAACACGGCGAUGUCGUCCCAGCACUCCUCCCCCUCCUCCACUUCAGGGGUCGUGAUGAAGGAGGAGGGCCCCAGCACCCGAAUGCUAGCCCUCGUCGUGCUCUUCUUCGUCAUCGGCGUCAUCAUCGGAAAGCUGGUCUUGUAGAAAACAGAACAACAGCAUGCUUUUUUCUGUGGAUGAAACAAAAACAUGGGUGUGGAAUUUUGAUCAGAAUGCCAUAUCACAGAGGUAGUUUUGAAACAUUAAAUUAUGUAAAAUACAAACAAGAAAAUCCAUUAUAUAAUGAAAAAAAGGGGAAAAAAAAGUCAAAGGUCUUGCUUCUUAAUUAUUACAUAGUCAUUCUGGCCCACGUCCCCUACUUGAACACAUGGGCAAUAAACUUAUGUUAAAAAAAAUGAAAGUAAUCAAUCGAACACAGUCAUUGUGAGGCUUUUCUGACAGCGGAGGUUUAACGUGACUGAUUCUAACAUUCAAAUGGAAUCGCUUGAAUGUUGCUUUAAUCUGUUUGUUUGUUUUUUAAGGCAAGGAGGCCAGAGGCGGAGUGUCUCUGUAAGGAUUGAUUGUGACUUUUCGGGGAGGGGGUGUGAUGGUAUGUUCUUACCACUCUUUUGCAGCUAAUGUCCUUGGAGAACAAAAGAUUAAUCAUCGGUAAUUCAUUCAGAAGCAGGUUGGGGUAGGGCGAUAGGGGCAGUGUGUCUCACCACCAAAACUGACUCUUCCAAUCAGAGGCUUUGUAUAGCUCGGGUCCUCUGUAAAUGUAAGUAACUGUCUAAAAUGCUGCGGUGUGUUACUUUUUUUUUCGUGAGUUUGUUUUUCCACCACAAACAUUCUUGUAUGAGAUGGCAAUCAAUGCUUGAAUGCUUAAGCAGUGAGAUUUUAAUUUCUCAUCUGCUUUUGCUGUUGUGACGUUUAAUUUCUGUGCUUCCCCUUUUAGGAUCUCACAGGUCAAGGUGCAUUGUUGCGAUAAUUAUGCAUUUUUUUAUUUGAUCUUUUGUUUUUAGGACUUUGCGUACAAGAAUUUAGAGUAUGGCUUUGAAUAUCACAGCUACCUGAGCUCCACAAUGAGUAAAACCGUUUCAGCAAACUAACACUUACCAGAAAUAUGCCUCUUGCCUUGUGACCUACAUUUGCAAGUUAUUCUAUGGCAGGAAGAAAAGGAAAAUGUUCUUAUGAUACAAUGUUGCAUGCAAAAAAAAAAAAUUUUUUUGAGGGGGUGGGGAGGUUUAUCUCAGCAACACGUGCAACACUGCUGUUUAAGAAGACAGGACUGUGAGGAAUCUGUCUGGAGUGCAGCUUUGUGACUUUGGAUAUAUUCGUCAGAAGUAAUUUUUAUUACAGUUUAUCUUAGACAUGCAGCAAGCUUCCCUUGUUUGUUUUUUUCAGGAAAGGAAUACCAGUGGUUUGCCUCCUGUACCCAUAGUUUUAUGAUAAAAGAUUAAAAUGUAUCAGGGGAGCAAAAAAGGAUCGUAAUGUAUGCCGUCCAUUUUGCUACAUUUUGAGAGCCGAGUCACCUCCAGCUCUGCUCAUGGUUUUAAUUCACAGUUAGCUUCGUUUGUCAAUUAGUGCCGCAAUGUCAGUCAGAUAUAUUUGUUUUGAACUGAUUCAUCAGUGUAACAAAUAAUGUUUUUUUUCUUUUAAAUUAAUCGUUUAAUCCUCUGUGUGAAUCAGGAUUUCCUGCUAUAAUAUCCUGCCCUGUUAAAUUACCCUAGUUUUUUUCUGUGUUUGUCUCAUGAGCAAAACCAUCAAAAACACUUCCAGACAGGGACCAUUUUGUUACUAGGUUUAGGUUGUUUCUUGUUUCACUUUGGGUUUUUUUUUUUUGUUUUGUUGUUGUUGUCAUAGUUUCUUUCUUUAUUUUUUACUAAUACGGAUAUCAGAAAUACCAUACACAGAAAUGAUUUAAUCUCACUGUUGCAUAUUAUUUAAAGAUCGCAAAUUGGGGGGUUUUGGGGAGGGGGGAGGUUUAAAAAAAAAAAAAAAAAAAAAGAUUGAAAAACACAACCUGUCUACUCAUGAUGAAUGGAGGAUGACUUGCUGCUGAAAGCGAGGGCAUUGUGGGCCUGUCCUGUAGCCACUAAAUAGACCUGCACUGGAGCUUCAGACCGUCACCAUGGUGUAACCACAGCAGUCGGGCAACUGUUUUGUAUGUAUAUAAAUAAAUAACAGUCUAUCUAAGAAAUGAAUAUUCCUAGUUAAAGUAGUCUAUGGUGUAAAAGCCAACCUUGUUGGACUAUGUAGCAUCUUAAUAAAUUAAAUAAAUAAA